AUGAAGCCCACGAGGAGGGUGCCCUCCAGGACGAGGAGUAUCUCGGUGGCCCUAGGGUGGAUGUGGGGAGGGUUCACUCCGCCAGGUGCGAAGUCAAUGCGCUCCAACGAUAUUCCCAGCAGGUUGAGCCCCAGGAUAACUUUGACGUCAACGAUUAUUAUGCUGGAUCCGAGAGUGUUUGAUGUGUUUCCUGGAAUAUCAAGCCCACUGAAGAAGAAAUCGUCCCCCGUGACGUUCUUCGGGUUCUUGCAGGGAAAACCACACAGGAACACUGCGAACAAUGUUGAUGAGGGAGAAAAAAGAUAGCGGCCUGUGAGACGAAAAAGUAGAACAGAAUACGAGGCCAUUCUUCUCGAUGACGCAAUGAAACCUUGGUCUUCACUUUACCUUUGGAGGAGUUAUCUCUAACGCAGAAGUCGUCAAGUAAACUCAGGUUGGAAGCCAACGCCGGGGAACAAGCAAGGAGAAGAAGGGCGAAUAGAAGGGCUUGCGAGGCCAUUCUUCUCGAUUUGUUGGGAGUCUAAGUAAUCUGAGUUCGAUGUGUAACUCAAGAAGAUAACGAUGAGUAUUUAUAGACGGCCGUAUAGAGAUUCAAGGAGACGACAAGAGUGAUCAGAAGAUAAUAGACGACAAUCGACUGGCGUUGUCUCUUCUGCUACAAAUGGAUAAUGCAAGCGCAGGAAGUAACACAAUAAAACCGACGCAAGUAACAGGACGUACCUUCAAAUUUUCUCUAUUCUCAGAGCUUUUCAUUAAUUAGCACUUCUCUGCCUGUUCCUUCGAAGAUUCAUCCUCAUGAACGUCACCAAAGACUCUAUCACCAGAAUCCGAAUUGAGAUCGGAGGGAGAUAGCGUGUGGUUACUUCAUUGUUUGUUGUAUCCAUUGGUGUGCUCGUAAGCAAUUCGUCAGCGUUUGUGAUCAAAGGGAUGUUCAUGACUGUAGUCGAUGUUUAUAAUUUUUUUGAACUCUUGGAUUAGUUUUACCCAGUAAACUACAUCGUUUGGCUACGACAUUAUGAAUUAUUCGUGAACAUAAGCUUAAAGGGUUCAUGGAUUCUUCCUCUCCUUUCACCCACCAUAUCAGAAAUCAUAUUUGCAAGUAUAAAUAGACGUCUGAGAGAACUAUUCAGGGGUGUAAGUGUGGUUUGGUAGGUGACCUCAGACCAGGAAUGUCGUUAGUAUUUAAAAUUGCAGUGACUACCUUUCACUGAAUGAUAGAUCAAUGGAAUGACAUAUCGCUAGGAUAGAUAUAUAGUUAGAUCAUGGAUGUGUUGGUGAGCCUCUAGUCAUCCAUGAGAGAAAUGGAAAUAAGAUAUAUCGCUGGAGAGAUAAUUAAUUUCUUUAACCUUUUGAAUAUUAAAGCUUUACUGAAAUUCGUAAAGAAACUCAUUUUUUUAUAAAUCGAACUUAAACGGCAACACUGUCAUUUUUCGAAUAGAUUAAUAGUGUUUGGAUACGCCUCAUUAACAAGGGCGACGUCUUCGUCUUCCCCCAGGGCCUCAUCCACUUCCAGCUCAACAUAGGCCGCGAGAAUGCGGUAGCCAUCGCCGCCCUUAGCAGCCAGAACCCCGGCGUGAUCACCGUCGCCAACACCGUCUUCGGGUCCAAUCCUGCCAUCAACGACGACGUGCUUGCCAAGGCUUUGCAGGUCGACAAGAAGGUCGUGGACCACCUCCAAUCGCUGUUCUGGACUGAAAACCACUGA